AUCCAGUUUAAUUAAACAAAGUAGUAAUAAUGGACGCUUAUAAAACAGUGAAAGAAGCAACAGAGAAAUUCAACAACGUAAGAGAAAAAUAGAAACCUCUUCUCUUGUUAUUUGAUUCGCUUCUAUAUAUCAAACUCCAACAAUUUGCUCAAUUUUGGAUUUACUAAAUUUGUUCCAAAAAUCUAUCUCCCUAUAUUUUAGCCCGUACGCUCUAUCCUGUGACCAAAAUCGUAAUUUCCCCUCCGACAUGAAUCCACAAUCACCGGUUCGACCCGAACCGGAUCAUCCAGCUCGUUUCGCCUUUCCAUCCGAUUCACACCGCAAAGUCGCGAUCGCCGUUGAUCUCAGCGACGAAAGCGCCUACGCCGUCCGAUGGGCGGUCCAAAACUAUCUCCGACCAGGCGAUACCGUAAUCCUCCUCCACGUCCGUCCAACGAGCGUCCUCUACGGCGCCGAUUGGGGUUCCGUUGACCAAACCCUAAACGACGAAAACGAAACCGAAUCUUCAGAGAACUCACGUCGGAAAAUGGAAGACGAAUUCGACAAUUUCACGGCGACGAAAGCGAGCGACCUUGCACAACCAUUGGUGGAGUCACAAACUCCGUUCAAGAUCCACAUUGUGAAGGAUCAUGAUAUGAAAGAGAGGCUUUGUUUGGAAGUUGAGAGGCUUGGAUUGAGCGCUGUUAUUAUGGGGAGCCGUGGAUUUGGUGCUUUGAAAAGAGCUUCUACGGGUAGGCUUGGAAGCGUCAGUGAUUAUUGUGUUCGUCACUGUGUUUGUCCUGUUGUUGUUGUUCGUUUUCCUGAGGAGAAUAAUGGCGAUGGAGUUCAGGGUAAAGAUAGUGUUGGUGAAAAAGUGGAACUUCACCCUGUGCCUGAGGAAGAACAUGAGGAGUAUCAUGAUGCUUCUGAUGAACAGAAAGAUGCUUAAUUACAGUGCCGAGCAAUAUCAAUGUCCUACUAACUUCAGGCAGACUUAAUGUAUUUUUUUUCCAGAAAAUGGUCAUAGCAUCAAGACAUGCGACAAUCCGGGAAAAAUAUGUUACACUUAUCUGGAAAAAAUUUACAUUGUAAAGCGAUUGUUUGGUUGGUUGGAAUUUGUAUGCUUUUGAACAAUUUGUUCCUAUACUGCUUCAAUAUUGACGAGUUUGAAUAUACUAUCUUACUACUUCGAUGAUUGGAUUUGGAGGCUCUGCAUGCACUUCAUGAUUGGAAACUGCAUAUAGACUUUCAGACAAUGAAAACUUUGUUUUAUUGUCGAAUGUGUUUAGUUCAUAAAAGAUGUGUAUGUUUGUCCUGUAAAUAUAUCUUACAUUGUAUGAAUUCUCAUUUGCUUCAUAUGAUGGUAGCAAAAUACAUUUGGGAUUGUUGGGUUCCAUUAUGGUACAACUUUCAGGUCGCAGUGAAGUGUUUGCGCUAAACUUUUUAACCCUAUUUUCGUCAUUUUGGGAUUGGUCCAAUUAAAUAUGGAAGGAGACUCACAUAAUUAAGUGAGAUUUGCAUGAAUUUCACUGGCAGAGUAUUGUAAAGUGUUAAAUAGUGUGUUUGUAGCAUUUUUUGUUGCUCGUUCAUCUUGUUUUAACUUGUUGUACCCCUUGGUAUUUUCCAUCGCAAUGCUAAAAGUAAAAUUGGUGAUCAAGUGUA